UUGAAAACCUGCAGGUGACCCUGGCAUGUCAGGUGACACAAAAGAAUACAUUAAUCAGUGCUAUCAAGCAAGCCUCACUUUGCUAUUGGGCAGAAGUUGCAGCCGAGUCACAGAAGAUGCAGGUGCAGCAUGAGAGCAGACGCCCACAGGACAGGAGCCCCUCCAGCGCAGCACCCAGAACAUGUGCAGCAGACUCAAGGCGCAGACUCGCACAGUCAUUUGUGUCCGUCCAGCUGGAGAAGACUCGGCCACGAGAUGAGAUGCUGAACGCCUUCAUCAAGCGGAGGGAGGCUACAGGAACCCUCCUGCAGAACACGGAUGAAGCAGCAAAGACCAAGAGGAAGCUGAUCCUAGAGUUCUGUUCCAAGCUCAGUGUGAGCAUGUCUCAGUGCUGUGUCAGGGCGCAGGUUGUUGCCCUGUACCACAGCCUCACAUUACUUUUGCGAGACUUUCCUGCCAUCUGCCAAACCCACUUCAUGAUGGGUAAGUCUAAUGAAGCCAAAUCAAACCAGGACUCAGAGAAGGCACUCACAACAGAUCCCAGAACGUUCCAGCAGCGUCCCAGAGCUCUGUUGUCAGCAGACGGAACUGCUGUUCUCAACCUGUGGUUCCUGCCACACUACACAGAGACUCUGCUCAUGUUCCGAGGCUUGGAGGAGAAGACGUGUCAAAGGGCGCUUCAGCACAUGUUGGAGAUCGCCUCUGCCCUUCAUGACCUUGUGUGUUACACCAUCAGCUUUGCUCGCUUGGGGAGUGCUGCCUCUCUCCUCAGCUCUGCCAGCCAAAGCACUCUGACAGCUGACUGGGGUGGGACUGAGAGCAUCAGUGCUGAGCUCUGGGACAUUCAGCAGCAGGUGGACUCUCUCUGUGACCCGCGCAGCCCGAAGGCCGUGGGACGUCUGCUCCACCUGCGCAGACAGGUGCUCUUCCUGCUCUUCGAUGCAGCCACACGUCACACAAUCAGAAAAACAUUCCUGUCCACUGGAAACACCGCAGCCUAUCACAGUGUGAAUGACAACAUGGGUCACGCCCUCCCCCUCUUGAGUGGCAGCUUGAGAGAAACUGACCAGAGCUACCAGCUGCCUCUGCCCCAGCCCCUGGAGUCAGGCAGCCCUCAGGCUCAAAGACUGUUUCCAUGGAGAUGGUUUAUGUUGUGCCACGGACUCCAUCCUUUAGAUGUUUGGGAUGUUCCACCCAUAGAGUUCUGCAUGCAGCUGUGUCUGAGUGGCCUAGGAGAGCGCAGCCGGCAGGUGGCCAAUGGGGAGCUGCUGGGCGUGUCCCUGCAACUGGAGGAGGUGCUGAGCAGUGGGCAGCCAGUGGGGCCUCUCCAGCUGGACACGACCGCACAGGCCACUGAUGAAGUGCAGAGAAAUAAAACUCAGGAGCCUGAAGAAUGUGUUGUGGCUGAGGCGGAUGGAGACUGCUCUGUGAGGAGACCCAGAGACAUCACCUUUGGCCUGCAGCAGCAGAGAGGCUUCCUGCUCCUGUGGAAGCAGCUGGAGACGCUGAAGGAGAUCUGGGGCCGCCACAGGCUGGGCGUCCAGCAGAUCCACAGCCCCACUCACUACCAGCACUUCACCACACUCUACAGACAGGAGAUCCAGUACCCCAGCAUGAGGGCUCUAGCGCAGCACUUGGGCUCGGAGCGGGAGUAUGAGGCUCUGUUGGUGGAUGGCCAGCCUCUGCCGCCCCCUGCUGGAGCCUGUGAGGCAGAGCUGAAGACUUGGGAGCUGCUGAGACUGCUGGAGAGCAUGGAGUGUGACAUGAUUAAGGCAGUACAAUGGAAGAUGGCCAAAGAGACGACCUUGCUCCUGGCAGAGAGAACACGGCAAGACACAGCCUUACCCACAGAUGUGUGGAAGAGAGGCCCCAUGAAGCACUGUCCGACACCAGAGAGGCCGCUGAUUGUGGAGAACUUUGUGCAUCAGCUGCUGUCUGGAGGCCAGAACUCUGAGGGGCAGGUGUCCUUCUCCCGUGCCCAUCUGCAGGAGUGUCUGAGUGCUCUGUCGCGCGACGUGAUUGGCCGCGAGCGGAGCAACUUCCUGUUCUACUCGCAGUUCUAUGAGCAUCUCCUGCAGCAGGAGACCAAGCUGCUCCACCAGCGGGAACAGGAUGUGAAGAACCUGGAGGAAUAUCACAUCCAGUCAAGUGACCCACUCACUAAGGCGUCUGCUCUGUGCCGGGGGCUGAUGGUGGAGACGACGGCCCUGAGGGCUCAGCUGGCCCAGGUGGAGGAGGAGCGCAACACCCUGCAGCAGCAGCUGAGGGCUCAGCACAGACAGCACCACGACGCCCUGGUGCAGCAGCUCCUCACCACCUGCCUCCAGCUCAAGUCACGACUGGAUGGUUACCACCAGAAGAUGGAGGAGGACGUGCUGCAGAUGGUGGGCAGAGCCCGACGGGAGGGUGUGGAGCGCAUCUCCAGGCUCCAGAAGAAGUAUGGCUCCUCCAGAGACCCUGAGGACCGAGCAGAAACUCUGGUUCAGAAAGAGGCACAGCAGGACCUUCUGAUCAAGAACUCCCAGCAGAGGGCUGCAAUGAGGAAGCUGCAGGCACUGGGUCAGUGGAGAGAGACUGUUGCUGUGAGAAAGCUACAGCGGGAGCUCCUCAGCACCAAACAGAGGGAGCUGCAGAGGCAGCUGGCCUACGUUAGCGUGCAGCUGGAGUCUGAGCAGCAGGGGGCGCUACUGCAGCAGGAGCUGGAGGUGCUGAGGGAGGCCAUGCAGCACAGCCAGAGGGAGGUGCACCGCGCCAGGAAGCAGCUCAGCCAAAAGAGCCAGCGUCUGCAGGAGGUGGAGCACGGCGGUGCCCAGGAGGAGCGCAUGCGCACGCAGCUGCACGGCUCUGGAGCGCUGGGGCUGCAGCGUCUGCAGGAGGAGGCCGAGGACAGAGAGAGGCUCAUACAGGAGCUCACCCAGCAGCUGCACACGGGACGCAGGCACAGCCAGCUACAGCUGCAGCACAGCAGCAAAGAACUGCAGCAGGUGAGGAGUAAGCUCCAGCAGGAGAGGGGUCUGAAGCAGGAGGCCUUUCAGCUGGUCAGUCAGCUGCAGAGGCAGGUCAGUACAGGGACAGCUCUCCCCAGCUGCACCUCCUCACCAGCUCUAGUUGCAGGCAGAAGCUCCAGGAGCUCCCCCAUCCUCUUCCUCAGAAGCUCCAGAGGAGCGCUCUCAGGUACAAUGACCAGAAACCUCAGGAGAGGCGACACAGAGGACAGCAGCACAGAGGCACUUCAGUCAGAUAACACAGACACAAAGAUGGUCUUCUCAAAGUCAAAACGGAGUCUCUCUCAACUGCGUCUGCUCUCCUCUGAGGCACUGUUACCAAACCUCACUGAUGGGCGGAGCAGCCCUCUCCUCCUCACCCUGCAGAGACCAUAGAUGGAUGUCUGCAUUCAAACGGCUGUUUAUAUUUCAC